AUGCCCGCGUUCGAGAGCCCAGAGCAACCCGCUGCGGAAGUCGCCUCCACUGCGGCUGCAGACUCAGACGUUGCCUUUCCUCCGGUCACAAGGGAUCAUAUCCUGCACUGCUCUUACGACUACUGGUUUCCCAAAUACCGCACAUCAUGCAUCCGCUCCCGUAUUAUCAAGCUGCCUUCAGAGUUCAUCGAGUACAUCCGCGAGGACGGCAUAAUACUCUCGAGCGAUGAUCCGUCUGCAGCGGCAGAUGAUGACGAUGAUGACUGGGAGCCCACGUCGAAUGCGUUCGCCCCUCCUCGCCCUGACGAGCCGGAGCAGGUCUCGGACUCGGACACGGAGGAUGACGACCAAGAGUCAACACCAUCGCGGCUCCCACCGAACCAGCGCUUCCCAGAGCUGCACCAGAAGAUCAAGGACACCAUCAAGGAGCUGGGUGGCGAGGUCGCACCAAAGCUGAACUGGUCCUCGCCCAGGGACGCCGCAUGGAUCUCGCCACACCAGAACACGGUCAAGUGCACCUCGCCAAACGACAUCUACCUCCUCCUGAAGAGUUCAAAUUUCAUCACCCACGACCUCGACCACGCCUUCGACGGGACAGUCAGCACCACCACCACCACCACCACCUCGUCCUCCAGCAACGGCGCCGCUGCCUCGAGCCUGGGCUUCCAUCCGGUCCUCGUCCUCCGCUCCUUCUUCACGCCCCACCAGGCCCUCGAGUUCCGCUGCUUCGUCAAGCAGCGCAGCCUGGUGGCCAUUGCCCAGCGCGACCUGAACCACUACAACUUCCUGCAGCGCCUCCGCCCGGCCAUCGCCGCGCGCACCAAGGACCUGUUCGACUCGAGGCUGCGCUUCACCUUCCCGGACGGCAACUUCGUCUUCGACGUCUACAUCCCCGAGGUGCACAGUCUGGACGACGAUGACAGCGACAGCGAAGACGACGACCCGGGCAAGAAGCUCGGCAAGGCCAGGCUCAUCGACAUCAACCCCUGGGCGCCAAGGACCGACACCCUCCUGUUCGGCUGGGACGAGCUCCUGGCGCUGCACGUGCCGAACCCCAUGAUCGGCGUGGCCGGCACGGGCGUCGAGGACGGCGUGGUGCGGCUCCGCAUCGGGGACGGGCCUCUCCCGGGUGGGGAGGACACUGCGACCGAGGAGGAUACCGAGGAGGAGGAGGACGACUAUGAGCCGGAGCUGCGGCUGGUCGACAAGGACGACCCCGCCGCAUACAACUUCAGCUCGCCGCAGUACUCGGCGCACAAGCUGCCCAAGGAGGUCGUCGACGCGAGCGCGUCUGGCGCCGGCGGGCUGAGGGAGUUCGCGCAGCAGUGGAAUGAGAUGCUGAAUCGUAGACGGUAG